GGGGGGAGGUAUACCUCCGUGAGCUAGCUUUGGAUGGGUAAGCCUCCGUGUUGGGGAUGCCUCCGUGAGCUAUGUAGCUUAGAAGCCAAGAUUUAAGAUGCUUAAGCCGGAACAAGAAUUUUUGAAAACCCGAGCCUGGUCAAGCUUUGUAAAGGUGAGGAGCCAAAGCACUGUUCAAGUGUGAACACACGAAAUAAUUUUUAAAAAUUUUUGAAAUUCCGAUAUUAAUUCCGAUUUUUAUUUCCUUUAAUUUACUUCUUAAUUCCCCUUUUCCCUAUAAUUCUGACUAUUCUAUAAAGAUUCCUUUAUUUUUAAAUUUAGAUUAUCUUGAUUAAUUAAAAAUAAGCUAGAUAUAUUUAUUAACUCAUUUUAUAUCUGUAAAAAAUGCCUGCAAAAGGAGAUGUUCACCGCUCUUUGGAAUUACUUGAAGAAUACCAUUCCGAAUUAUUUCGAUCAUCUGAAACAGAAUUAAAAUUUGCUAUCGAGAGAGUCAUUAAUACAUUCAAACAUUCGCUAUUUAAUGCUUUAUGUGAUAUUCACGAAUUUUAUGAAAAUGUGUUGACAAAUGAAAGAAUUCCUGUCGGUGAUAAGAUUUUCGAGUCUCGCCGCUUCGCAGCCCGAUGGGAACGUUCACCAAUAUUGGGGCCAUUCAACGGAAUAAGCCAAUUAUCAUCAUUAUCGCCAAUACGUAGACCUAUACAACAACCCAGAUUAUCGCCAAACCGCCCACCUUCAAGACGUUCAUUUGGGGUGCCGAGUGGAGGUGGCAGCGAUACUUUUCUUCAUACCUCACCUAUAAAUCGCAUAGUAGACGAAACUGGUCAAGAAUGGGAAGUUGAAGAAGUUAUGCUAGAUGUAUCAAAAACAGGACUAGGCUUUUCAAUUAGUGGAGGAAGAGAUAGAGAGUUAGACCCUGUUUUUGGUGACAAAUAUAUCCGUGUGACAGAUAUUUCGCCAGGGGGAGCAGUCCAAAAGAAUGGACGUUUACAAAUUGGAGAUGUUAUCCUUUGCGUUAAUGAUCGUGAUACAGCUAAUUGUGACCAUGAUUAUGCUGUACAGGCACUUAAAGAUGCUGGCACAUAUAUUCGUUUGCUUGUAAAACGUCUAAAACCAGUUGUCCAGCCAGGCAUGCACCGAUCCUUAAGUCAAUCACAUAUGAAUAUGCCUAUGGGGGCAAGCGGUAGUGGAGGUUUUCAGAGGUCGUUGAGUGGAAUGGGUUCAAUGAGAAGUGCUGGAGGAAUUGGAACUCUUCAGCCUCCUAUUCGAUCACAAUCUUUGCAUCAUUUACCAAGUCCUAUGGUCGGAGGAAGUGUUGGAGGAGGAGGCACAUUACCUAGACAAACAGCAUCACACUAUCCUUCACAAAUCCAAUCCUCUGGAGUUAAAUUUACUCAAUCACCAACUUCAAUGGUAGAGCCGAGUAGACAGCCCCGAUGGGUUACACUUAGAAAGAAUGAAUAUGGACUAGGUUUCAAUAUUGUUGGCGGAGAGGAUGGAGAACCCAUCUAUAUCAGUCACAUAAUGCCCGGGGGAGCUGCCGACUUGAAUGGCAAUAUACGAAAAGUUGGAGUUAUUUACAAUAGAAUCUGA